AAAUGGGCACAGUCAAAAAAUGGUUCUCAGACAUUUUUUAGAAAGGGGAAACACCAAAAAAAAAAAAAUGACAGUUUUCAAAAUUCCUAUUUUUAACCAUCAAUCCUAGACCAACCAACCAACCAACGACAACUAUCAUCAUUGGAUCUUGUUCAAUCAGUUACAAGAAGUCUGUGAUCAACCAAGUAACUAAUCAUUCAGUAAGCUCACCGUUCAGUCAAUCCUUAAUUCUCAUCGCUCACUUUCCUUCACAUUCUGUUCUCAUACUAUCAUGGCUGCUACUACCAAUUCACAACUAGAUCAUCCCCCUUCAACAUCAAGUACUACCACUCCAUCAACAUCAACCAUCAGCCAUAAUGACCAUCCCAUCUCUUCUUCUUCGGUACAAUCAUUGGAUUUACUUGAAACCGAUGAAAUCAAACGAAUCUUGAAGAGUGAUCAAAGUUUGGAUAUCUUAUUAUAUCGAUUAAAACAAAGUAUCACUACUGCAGAAGAAUUUUGUAAAUACUUAAAGAAGAAGGCUCAGAUUGAAGAAGAUUACUUCAAUCAAUCGAAUCGAUUCGCCAUUAAUAUCAGAGGUAAUUUCAAACAUUUACAGGGGAAAGUUAAAGAUGAUUCAUUCACUUCUCGAUUAGAUGAAAUCAUUGAAUUCGAUCAAAAGAUAAGUCAAGUUGGAUUAUCUUAUGUUUCUGCCAUUACUACUAUGUUCAAUGAAUUGACUAAAUUAAGUGAUGUCGUAUCUAAAAAUAGAAAAGUUAUUAAAGAUGAAGGAAGAAGAAAAGAAAAAGAUUGUAUUGAUUCAAUUAUAGCUGCUGAAAAGGCAAAAUUGAAAUAUGGCAAUUUAUGUGAAGAUUUAGAGAAAUUAAAAGCUAUGGAUCCUAAUAAAAAGCAAACUUUCACUCUUAAGAAUAAAUCCUUGGAACAACAAGAACAAGAUUUAAAAAUUAAAAUCGACGGAGCAGAUCAAGAUUAUAAAAUGAAAGUUGCAACUUGUAAACGAUCCAAAGAUGAAUUAGUAUUAAGUUAUCGUCCCUCAAAUUCUCGAAAAUUAAAGGAUUUAAUCUUGGAAUUAGAUAUGGCGAUGAAUUUCCAAUUACAAAAAUUCUCUACUUGGAAUGAAUCAUUAAUUAUUAAUACUGGAAUUUUAAUCAAUCCUUUACAAAAUAAUAAACAAUCAAUGAAAGCCAUUGCAAGUUCAAUUGAUAAUGGUAAAGAUCUUUACAAUUAUUUACUCAAACAACAAACCAAUGCGGUAAAGAUUAAUAAAAGUCUUGUUCCGAUCGAAUAUGUUCAACAUCAUUCUCAAAUUAGAUCUGAUAGACCCCUGCAAUUUGUGAUUAAUAAACAAAACACAUACAGCAAUAAUAACAAUAAUAAUACCACUAAUAAUGGUUCUAAUUUUGAUACUUCAACUACUGUAACAGGAAAUUCAUAUCAUACUGCCAUUAACAGUAACAACAAUAACUAUAACAGUUUAUUAACCAAUAAUUCAACACUCACUUCCACUGUCUCCCCACCUCAUAUGAACUUAUCCAAUUCAGAACCAACUGGUCCAAAAGGUCCAGUUCCAUUAUCAGUGGAUGUUAAUAAUGACAAUUUCCCUCGUCAUGAAACUGUGAGUUCGUCAGUUUAUAAUGAUUCCCCUAUUGAUUCAACCCAACCAUUAAGAACUCUUGAUCCAUUGUCAUCCACCACCAAUACUCCUCAAAUCCCUUCCUUACCUGCUGGUCCAUUAGGUUUACCAUCACCAAACAUUGCCUUGCCUGCCCCCACAUCCGCACCACCACAAGGAUUACCUGCUCCAACGCCAUCUCUAGAACCAUCGUUCGGGGUUCCAUUGGACGUAUUGAUUCAACAUGCAGGUAAAGAUAAUGUCCCAUCAUUAGUGAUUAAAUGUAUUGAAAUCAUUGAGAAAUAUGGAUUGGAUAUUGAAGGAAUUUAUCGUACUAGUCCUAAUAAAUUAGUGGUUGAUAAUUUAAAAGAAUUAGUUGAUCAAAAAUAUUCAAAUUGUAAUUUAUUAGGAUCAAAUAUUGAUCCUCAUAAUGUAUUAGAUGCCGAAAUAUUCAGUAUUGCAUCAUUAUUAAAGAAUUUCUUUGUUAAUAUCCCCGAUGGAGGAUUAUUAACUGAUAAUGCUAAUACAAGAUUCAUUAAUAUCGUUAAGAAUGUGGGUAAUAAAUCAUCAGUAGAAGUUGAUGCUGCUAUUCAUAGAUUGAUUUUCGAAUUACCCGAUUCAUCAUAUUAUACUUUAAGAUAUCUUUUAUUUCAUUUAGAUAAAGUAGCAUCAAUGGAAGCUACUAAUAAAAUGAAUUUUAAAAAUUUAUCAAUCAUUUGGGGUCCCGUUAUUUUAAAUCAAGAUUCACAUUCUCAUGAAGAUUUAAGUUUUAAAUCUCUCGUUAUAGAAAAAUUCUUACUUAAUGCUCAUAAUAUCUUUUAUGAUGGUGAUGGUGAUGGUAAUGAGUAGAUUAAACCUCUCCUCUACGACUUCAUCCAUCCCACUCAGUACAUUUUUAAUACCUUUAACUUUAGUUUGAUUUCUGGUUAAUGCUUUAUUUCAAGUUCUU